AUCAUCACGGAAGAAUAAUUAUUUAUGGUGGAAUGAAUGAUAAUCCCUCAGAACCUAGAGUUUCGCCAGAUCUUGCAAUACUUGAUAUUACAACAAACCCAUUUAAAUGGAUAAUACCAAAGAUCCCGUCAGAUAAUGCUGCACCACCUCUUACAGCUCAUACCGCAAUAAUGAUGAAUCACUAUAUGAUCGUAUCAUUUGGCAAAAAUACUGCUGCUAUAAAUAAUGAAAGUCCUGUUAUUUAUUUGUUUGAUACAGUAACCUACAAAUGG